GAAGUGUUUUGAGUUUGCCAUUAAAGCCAGAACACUGGAGGGGGAAGAGAACCACGUCUACUUUCGCAACUUUCAAGGCCGUCAAAAACACACCUCGGCCCGAAAAACACAUAAUGAAACAGGCCUGUAAAUGAGCUCUGAAGACGGAGGAGUUGACGUUAGGGUGACUUUUUUUUUAAGCUAGCGCUGCUUCCUCGUUCGGCAGAGGGGCGAAACAUCUCAACAUCCUCACAAAGAAACUUUGCUUUGCUAGGCUGCUAACUCGAAAACGACCAAGUCAACAACAACAAAAAAAAGUACCACUAGCGACGGCGCUUGCUCAAUAAAACGUGUAUAUGUCGAGCUGAGUGACGUUAACUUGUUUAAUUCACUGUGAAAGUUAUGUGUGCGGCUCAGGGGAGAACUUUGUAACGGUUUCGAGUAAUCAUCAUCAUCACUAAAGGAGGAAGAGCUGCAGUGGGUAACUUUAGCCAAGCUACGAGCAGCAGCCCAACUCGUACAGCUGAAACUGGGCUGCCAGUUUUUAGGUGAUUAGUUCAAGCUGGUUCCCGCAGACAUGUCCGGCCGAAGUGGACCUGGACAUCCCCGGCCCGGCUCUCUGGGUCCGCAGCCCCUCAAGGCGACUGUUCCCUUCAGGCUGGCCAGCAAACCGCGACCGAACCGGAGGGAUGGGAAGUCAGCAGGAAAGCCCAGGCUGCACCAGCUGAGCUCGGGGAUGAGACGGACGAUGUCGCUGGACGCCAUCAUCGGGCCGUACCUGCAGGGACACUGGCCGAAAGAACCAGAAGUCCACUGCGGUCCGUCCUGCAAGGACAAAUCAACCCAGACUCCGGAGUCAUGGGUGGAGAAGUCCAGGAGCAGGCGAGCUAGCAACAGCGGCAGCCACAGACGCUCGGCAUCGUGGGGCAGCGCUGAGCAUCUUCGAGAGAUUGCCAAACUGAAACAACAACUGCAGCAGGGCAGCAAGCCUGCAGCCUCUGGGGUGCAUGACAAAGAUCGUCAGUGUUGUUAUCCUCAUGGGAGCUGUAGCCUAGGAGCAACUCAGACCCAGCCGGUUCCCAUCCCCCUCUCGCCUCUGUCUACUCUGGUUCCCCGCCUGCGCUGCAGCGUGGAGGGCCUCAACCAGGAGCUGGAGGGCAUGUUCAUCAGCCAGUCUCCUCCCCCACAGCACAGGCUGCUCGAAGUUCCAGACGGUCACCGCGCUCCGGUGCCUCUGCACAGCUGCAGCAGCGGUUCGCAGAGCGACCGCGCCACCACACCCCUCUCCUCCUCCUCCAACUGCUCCUCCCCCUGCGCCUCACCUCCAUCUAACGCUCUAGAUGCUCCUCUGGACCCUCACCAAGGCUCAGUAGAGAAAUGUCCGCUGUCUCCAGUGUCCUCCCAAAGCGAGGCCGAGCUCAGCCAGCCACCACAAAUCUCCUCCUCUCCAGGACUCAACAAAAGCUUCUGCUUCCAGCGAGAACCUCCAGAGGGCUGCGAGAAGGUCCGAGUCUGGGAGGAGUUCAGUAUCUCACACCACCACAAGGAGGCCCCGGUCUCCUCCUGCCCCGACCCCAACAAGGUGAACUUCACCCCCCACGGCGGCUCGGCCUUCUGCCCCGUCAGCCUGCUGAAGCCCCUGUUCCCCUCCAUGGACCUGCUGAUCCGCAGCCUCACAGUCUCUCCCGUCGGGAACUGCUCCGGCCAGGGAACGCCGUCCGCCGGGAACCGCGGCGCCUCCCCGGAUCCGGCCGCCGCCUCCGCCGUGCUGGGAGACGCAUCGGGAGAGGCGCUCGCCUUCUGAUCACAGCUGCAGCUCUUUUCUGUGAAAAUGAUGAUGCAAAUGUUUACCUGGACCAGGACAGGUGUGUUUGAACUGCUCUUCUUCUUUAGAUAUAAAAUAAUCUGAUUUAUAAAUAACUCUGGAGGAGGGGCAAAUAAAUGACAUGGUAGUGUGAACACCCCUGGUGAAAUUUCAGGUAUUUUUCCUGACAAAUCAAGUCUUUCCACCUUUUAUUGUGACUUUUUCUCUUAGUCCAUUGCACUUUCAGUCAAAUUUAACUCUAAUUUUAAUCCAAAUUCAUUCAUUUGUGUUUGUAGAUGUACCUUUUAGCCCCGAAUUAUUCAUAUUUCCUGACGUAUUUGGAUUUUAAGUCUCACCUUAAACCAAAAUGUUAUUUCUCAACAUGAUAAAACUGUAAAAUGAGUUUUGUAUUAAAAAAAUAUAAUAAUAUAGCUGUAUUUAUUUAAAUUUGUAUUAAAAAUUGUGUUGCAAAUUAGUUAUAUCCUUCUCAAUAAUCGCUUUGUGAGUCUCGGCUUCAAAAACAUUCAUUUUACAUCCACAUCCCAGUAAAAUUAAAAUAAUAUAAUAAUUCGAUACAAUAAUUUUGUGCUUAACUGUAUGUUUGGACUUCAAAUUUUUAUUUUCUAGCAGAAAUCCUGAAGGUUUUGUGUAAAAAUUCAUGAAAGUUUUCAGAAAUGUAUCCACCAUUAGCAAGAAAAUUAAACAAGCCCACAGCAUAAUGAUGCCACCACCAUGUUUACCUCGGUAGGGAAUUCUCUCUUGAGUCCCUUCUUCUUAGUCUAGAUAUAUGGAUAAUAGAAUAUAUCAUCUAAUAUAGAAUCAGUGCUGCUGUUGUCUUCCUGACGGGUUCACGUUUUGUUUUUGGAUACAUUUCUCAUGGUGAGAUGCUAUGGAAAAUAAUGCUGAGGAAUUUUAUUCGUAGCCUUCUUAUGACUGGUACCUUUAAACAUCGAGGCUUUUCUGACUUUAGCUACCAGAUUCACUAGAAAGAUGGUAGAAAAUCUGAACGCAAUUAAAACAAGAGGUUAUUGCUGCUUUUUCCCCCAAAAUAUUUGCUCUUUAACAGAUCAGUUCAGAAUAUGUCGCAUUAAAAGUGGAAAGUUUUGAUUAUUUAUCAGAAUUUCCUUUAAAAAACAAAAUUUUACCAGGGGUAUGAACACUUCUGAGCUCCGUCAAAACCCAAAGGAAAGACUUUAUAAGCUACAAUUUGCUUCCAGAAACUCAAACCAUUUAAAUUAAGGUCAAUCAGUUUUAUUUUCCAAAGAAAUUUAUGGCCAAAAAAAAACAUACAACAGAGCUUUGACUUUACUGGCUUCACUUCCUGCCUAGAUCCUCCUCUUUUUUAUGUUUGUCCAAAAUAUCAGGAGUCUAGGUCUUCUGAGAACACUCACCUCUUAUUAAAAUGAGUUUUCUUCCUUGUUUUAGGUAUUCAAAGAUAUUUAUGUGUAACUGGAUGUUGCUAGUGCAUGACAAAUCAGCUGGUAAUCUUUGCUUGACUCAAGAGAAGACAAUGAAAUCACUUUUUUUGUUUUAUUCUACUAGACUGAAGGGAAAUUUCCGUUUGUUGGAGUUGGGUAGCAUUUAUACCCAAGAGCUUCAGCUUCCUGCUUUAAGGUAGUUUGUUGUUUUUGUAAAAAUAUGUGAGUUAGUAGUUAAAGAUGUUGUUUUUUGAUGUUGGUGUAUCAAGAAUACACCAGAUGGGUGUGUUUUUGACACUAUGUUGAUAGUUUUGAGGUUUCACGGCCUAGUUGACUACCUAACCAGUUUUAGUGGUAUAGAUGUGUCGCCUUUAAUGUUUGCUUUGAUAUGUUUUCGUUCUGCCAAGCUGACAAGUCGAUCAACUAGUUUUAUUUCCGGUAGACAAGUUUGCACAGAUUGAACUGUUACCUUUGAGUUGCAAUUCUUUGUUGUUUUCUUUUCUUUUUUCUUUUACAUUCAUACCUUUUGUACUUCAUUGUAAAUCUUAAGAGUAGUAAAGUGCAUUUUGUACGUCUUUAUCAGUUACCUGCAGCAUAAGCUAAAAGUAAAAAGAAAAAAAAUCCUGUUAUUUCUAGUUUUGUUGAUGUUUGUUUGUGGCAUGUUUUUCAUCAUCAGGUGGAGUUUUAUGCACUUCCAGGAGAGGAUGUUUGGUUUUUUUCCACUUUUUACACAUUUCUGGGUAAAAUGUCUGACAGAUUUGUGUGUGUGUGGGUGUGUGUGUGUUAGUGAGCAUGGUGAUGGAGACUUGAUUGAUCUUUCCACUAACUUGUAGUUUUUUUUUAAUUAUUAUUAUUAAAAAUACAGAAUAGAAUUGUUCUUUUCCCAUUUGAUAUAAAAUGCUUCCUUUCUGUUUGGAUGUUGGGAAUUUGCUGUUUUCUCAGGUUCUGUGUCCUGUCCACAUAAAUAUGGUGUGACAAUAAA